AUAAUUUGUUUUUUUUCCCCUUUGUUUUGUUCGAUGAGACAUUGUGCAACACUGUUUUGCCCCAGAGUUUUCCAACACGGUCAGCCAGCAACGCUAACAUCGCUAUUGCGUUUUUGGUGGAAAAAAUCUGUAAUUGUAAUUGUGCAAAGUAAUUUUGUAGAUAAAACGCAAUAAAAAUGCCUAAAGGUCGCGUUAGCAGUGUGUGGCAGCAUUAUGAUAUCAAUGAGGAGUGCGAAAACUUUGCGGUCUGCCGCUAUUGUGGCAAUAAUAUAUCGCGUGGCGGCAUGGCCAGCAAUCUGAAGGGCAACAAUACAACCAAUCUGUGGACGCACUUGAGGCACAAGCAUUCCGACGAGGUUAUUGUCAAUCCUAUACAGCAACGGCCCCUUAGCCGAAACGCGGUCAUUACGCUAAAGAAAGGUAUGUGCACACAACAAAAAGGCGAAAAAAUGGCGGGCUUAUCGCAACACACAAUUAUUGACCUAUUGACGAACCUAUCGAUCCCGAGCGACUCUUCACAAACUUUGGAAACUAUCGAGAAAACAUCGCGCAUUGCCAAGGCAAAGGUGGUGCGCGAACCGAUUCGGGUUGCGAAACCAAAGAUCGAUGUGCACGCAUCGAUUACGGGUGCAUUGCCCCAGAAGUGGGAGGAGUACGAGCAGAACGAGGAGGUCAGCGAGGAUAUCAAGGACAUUAUCUACAGUGAAGAUCCGCUUUGCUACAGUCCCAUCCAAGUGGUCGAGGAUGAGAUGCUCGAAUCCGGCGAAAAAGUCACACUGAUGAGCAGCGGCAGCAACAGGACAACCACAGUGCCAGUUGUCGCCACUGUCGUCUCGGGAACCACAAGUGCGGCAAAAACGUUGAAAAACAACUUGGAAACAUCGAUUGAACGCCUGACCACCGUCAGCGAACAGUUGAGCUAUGUCAUUCAGCAGCAGCAGGAGCAGCAGCUCAAGGAUGAUGACUACUAUUUUGCACUGAGCCUGGUGCCUGUUAUGCGACAAUUGUCGGUUAGCCGCAAGAUGUACGUGCGCUCCAAAAUUCAUGAGUUACUGUACAAAGAGAGUGAGGAGACUACGACUAAAAUUGAAUAGUAGAACAAGCAUAAACUACACAUGAUUAUUCAUCAUUUCAAAUUUACCCAACAAAAUGG